UCAUAGAACACCUAUUACCAAACAAAAUGGGAGAUCCUCAAAGAAUGAGUGAGUUAAUAUCUAGCGUCAAAUCCGCAAUAUUUCAGCCAUAUCUUCAAAGAAUCGAAAAAUGACCCAUCAAAGUUUUGGGUUGUCGUGUAGCAUAUUUAAAUAACCUGUAAGUUCUUCGUAAACCAUGAUAAAGUUGAGACUUUACUGCUUCGUUAUUUUGUUAACAUGGUCAAGUUACAGGAAAACAUGCCCUGUUUUACUCCACAGGGUGCGAUGCUUGCCGGGACAUGAAUGAACACAAGUAUUCAUUUCAAAAGCAUGUUGUAAUCCACAUGGAUGUGGUAAGGAUGUUUGAAAGGAAAACGAUGCCUCGUCAUCCAAAAGUUCAAAGAGAGUACGGACGAGAAAAACGAAUUGAAAUGUCAAUGAAGGCCUCUGCUUUGCGAAACUCUGGAGGAGGAGUUAUAUUCUGCCACCUCAGUGGGAAAAACAAAAUCAACAAAUGCCUCGGACAAUUCGAUGACAUGUUCUCAAAUUCUCAAAUCUUUUGCCUUGGUGAAGGGGAAAUCUAUUCUCAUGAAAUACAACGAGAGUGGUUUGAGAAUACUGACUUUCUUGUCAUUACAGUAUCUCAGUGUAUCUCAACGAGGGUAUCUACAGCAAAUGUAAACAGUUACACUUCCAACCACGGAUCUCUCGUUGUUGCUUCUCUUGCCGAGAUAAAAACAUUACUGUUCGGUAAACGCGAUGUAGGUCACAGACGUCCAGUUGUCAGAGGAUUGGAGAAUCUUCAGAAAGGAGUAGAUAUUAGGCUGACACAUUUAAUACCCCAAGAACACCUCACGAUCAAUGCCAAUAUUUCUGAAUCUUUGUACAGUUAUGGCUUACAUAUGUUUAUUUCGGCAUUUUCCAAAAACCGAUUUGGUGGGUCUUUUUACAUUGGAGUUCGUGACGAUGAAAUCGGUCCAAUCAUGGAGGGUGUUGACAUUACGUCUAAGGAUCACACAGCCUUUACAGAAGCGCUGAGACACUUUGUUCGACAAAAUCUGAUGAUCAUACCAAACAUUCACACUCACAAAUCAUAUGACCUGACAGACCUUGUGGAAGUUACUUUUCAUCCAGUCAAAGAAGACAAAAGCGUGAUUGAAUUCUCAGUCAGGCCAGUAAAUGGAAGUGUGUUCAGAGAUAGAGGUGGACCCUCUGCCUACAAACUAGAUGAAAAGGGUGGUCUGCGUAGGAUGACAUGUCAGGAAUGGAUGCAGAAGAUUCAGCCUGCAGAGUAGAGACCAAAUGAUGAAGAUGCAUGAUGGGGAAUGUCAUAAAUGAAAACAGCAUGGUCUAUAGUAUAAUGUUCAUGGAGAAGUGUUUGAGAAACUUUUGUGUGGACGAAUCUGAACUGUUAACGGGACUUGGGGUCUUGUGAAGACAGGAAACACCCUAGUGAGUUUCUAUACUGACUUUGUCGUCCAUAAACAUUCUUGUUUAAACUCUGGAUGCCAACAACGCAUGGUCCUACCAACGUUCAAAGUCCAUUCACUGUGGUUUGAACGUACCGUUACAAAAUUUGUGUGUCAUUUGGAACAAAAUCAUUUUCAGUAAAUGAUUAUUUACAAACAGCUCAAAACCAUCAUCUUUAGCCUCGCUGAUUAUAUCAUUUUUAAUUAAGUAUUUUUCUAUUAGCUCAUAAGCAAGAAAAUAUGUGUUCUGAAACAUUUUAAUGGGGAACAUUUACACAGAGAGCACCUUGAGACUAAAGAGUUCAUCUUAAAUGCAAGUGUAAGAACUUCAUGGAAAGGUCAUGGCACCUGUGAACAUUUAGUGAUAAGUUGCAUUUUGUAUAUUUGUACACUGUAUUGUAUAUUUUUAUAAUCGCGAUACAGAUCAGUACAAUUGUGGUUUCAUGCAACCAAACGUUGCAAGGGCCUAUGGCCUUUUCCCUGAAUACACAGCUGUCUGUCUGUAUAAAUGUGGUUUGAACUAUAUAGGGACAUAUCAUUUAUAUUGAUUUGUGUAUCCUUACUUGUUGGCUCAAAUGAGCUUCACGAUCACUAAAGUAUUUUGUCAGAAAUUAUUACUCAGAACUGUAUACCAGUAGUUAACUCGCUGGCUGGCUGUUUGAAUAUGGGCGGUGGGGUAGCUUUGUUGUUAACGCAUUCGCUCGGCAUGCCAGAGUACUUGGUUCGAUUCCCAGCAUAGGAUGAUGUGUGAGGCCCAUUUCUCAUAUCCUCCGCCGUGAUAUUGU